GAAAACCAGAGGACUUGAAUGGAGGAAAGCUCAACUUCAAGCAAUACUAAAACUCCUCGCCGACAAUGAAGAUUUGAUCUUCCAAGCUCUUAAACAGGAUCUCGGCAAGCACCGAGUUGAAGCUUAUCGUGAUGAGGUAGGUGUUUUGGUUAAAUCUGCUACCUACGCUUUAAACAAUGUUGAGCAAUGGAUGACACCCAAAAAGGCCAAACUACCACUUAUAUACCUCCCAGUCAAAGGUAAUGUUAUGCCUGAGCCACUUGGUGUAGUACUCAUAUUGUCAUCAUGGAACUUCCCCAUCUCAUUAUGUUUGGAUCCAUUGAUUGGAGCCAUAUCAGCUGGAAACACAGUGGUUUUGAAACCUUCUGAAGUAGCACCGAAAUGCUCUUCUUUUUUAACCGAUAUGAUCCCACGUUAUUUGGACUCUAAAGCAAUUAAAGUCAUUGAAGGCGGAAGAGAUAUAUCUGAGCAUCUACUGCAGCAACGAUGGGACAAGAUCUUUUUUACAGGCAGUAGACAAGUGGGACAGAUUAUCAUGGCUGCAGCUGCAAAGCACUUGACGCCAGUUACUCUAGAGCUUGGAGGGAAGUCUCCUGCCAUCAUUGACUGCAUACCGAAUUCAUCUGAUUUAAAGGUCGCUGCCAAGAGAAUAACUAGCGCGAAGUGGGGUGCUUGCAAUGGCCAAGCCUGUAUAGCAGUUGAUUAUGUGCUUGUGGAGCAUGGAUUCUCUUCACUUCUGGUUGAAGCGUUGAAGAAGUGUAUAUGCAAAUUUUAUGGGGAGGACCUGACAAAGUUGGAGAACAUUUCUAGUAUUGUGAACAAGCGCCAAUUUGAUAGAUUAUGUGGGCUUCUCAGAGACCCCACAGUUAAAGAUUCCAUUAUUUAUGGUGGCUCGGUAGAUGAAGAAAAUCUGAUAAUAGAACCAACAAUAUUACUAAAUCCUCCACUUGAUUCUGAGAUCAUGACUGAAGAAAUAUUUGGCCCCUUGCUUCCUAUAAUUACGCUAGAUAAAAUUGAAGAAAGCAUCAAGUUUGUAAAAGCAAGGCCAAAACCUCUUGCACUCUAUGCGUUCACAAAAAAUGAAAUGUUAAAGGAACGGAUUUUACUGGAAACGUCCUCUGGAAGUGUGGUUUUCAAUGAUACUAUGGUUCAGUUUGUGUGUGAUACAUUACCAUUUGGAGGUGUGGGGGCGAGUGGGUUAGGGCGUUACCACGGGAAGUACUCUUUUGAUGAGUUUAGCCACGAAAAAGCGGUGUUGCAUAGGACCUUCUACCUGGAAUUGGAGCCUAGACAUCCUCCAUGGAGCACUUUUAAGCUGGAGUUUGUCAAACUUGUAUACAAAUUUGAUUAUUUUGGACUGGUGCUGCUCAUUACUGGGUUGAGAAGGUUAUUCAGAAGUUCAGAACACGCGAGGAAAAACCGGUGAAGAAGAUGAACCAAACAAAGCUGAUUCCCGCUCUCUUAGAAUAUCACUCCCUCCCCUUGUAGAAGCCGACCGUUAUUAUAUUUAUGUUUGCCAAUCUCGUGAAAUAAAGUACGGUCUUAUGCAUUAUGUAACUUGCCUAUGAAUCUUUGUGGCAGUGAUUUGUUGUCUGUAAUAAACCAAUAAACCAUAGCGUGCUGAUUUCACUAAUGAAUUAUUGUAUUUUUUAUGUACAUCACGUUUUAUUUCCUUACUUUUCUAUAGGGAGGUGGAUUGUGUUUAAAUUCUUCA